AUAGAGAAAGAAAAUGAAGCUUUUCCUGUCCUUUCUUUAUUAUCACUGUUCUGUAUGUGUGUGUUGAGACUUGAGACCUGAGAGCUUUACCAACUUCCAUGGCGUUCUCUCUCUUCAUCCCCAAUCAACUAUUGCCAAUCCUUCUUCUUCUUCUUCUUCUCCUCUACGCUUCUCUCUGUGAACCCUCUUACGUGGUCUCCAGAUACGGCGGUAGAAUUGCUGAGGAUGGUUCAACUCGGAAGCUGUUUGAGUCAAGGGCCACUCACCACCCCAACAACUGUGGAGAGUUGGUGGUGCAGUCUCAGUGCUCUCAGAACUCAAAGUGUAGCUGGUGCUCAAGUGAGGACCUUGAUGACAUGUGCUUCACCAAAUCUGAGGCCUCCAGGUUGCCCCAUCAGGUUUACUCUUGCGCCUUCAUCCGGUGAGAUCCAUUCUCUUUUGCUCUCCUCUCAUUGGGAUCUGUGCCACCCAAAAGAGCAAUUUUUGGGGAACUUUUGCUUUUACUAUCUCACCUUGUAUGAAAUCAUGAGUUCAUAGAGGGUGGUGUUGUAAUCGUAAUUGUUGCUGUUUUGUUGAUUUUCAAUUUAUGAUUUGUCGGCUUGGAAUCGUGUUUAAUUAGGAUAGAGAGAGAUAGAAGGAGAUGAAUACGUUUGUUCUUUUGCUGUGUAAUUUUUGUCUUUCGACCUGAUGUUUUUUUUGGCGAGCUACUGACAUUGCAAAAGCUUUAUCAAAUUGACCUUAAUAUUCAUCAA